ACGUGGCAGUAUGAGAUAGCAUCAUUGAAAUAGCUGUACAGGUAUAUAAGGGGAAGAACUUACGAAGUUUCUGAGUGAAAAGUUACUCUUAAAGGAGACGCGUAAAGAUGAAUACUCCACUUGACACGAUGUUUGUUUUGGGGUCUGUGUUGGUGGCCUUAGUACACGGAGAAUCUGGCCAAAUACACUGGUGUUAUAAUAAUGCAUCAUGCAAUGAAAAUGUCUGGGUCUCAGCACCACUGGGCUUCUGUAAUGGAACACGGCAAUCGCCCCUCAAUAUCAACACCACCAGUGUUAAAGGGAACUCAAGUCUGAUAGCCUUCAACUUCACUGGCUUUAGUAACAGAAGCACUAUGACGACAAUAGAGAACACAGGCCAUACAGUGAAGGUAACAUUAGGAGACGGGCUUGUGAAGAUCAGCGGUGGGGGGCUCCCUGGGACCUACGAUGUCCAACAGUUCCAUCUGCACUGGGGCAAUGGCAGUGGUGUUCCAGGAUCAGAGCACACUGUGGAUGGCAAGCGAUACCCCAUGGAGUUACAUAUCGUGACUGUCAAGUCUGAAUACAAAGGCAACAUAACCCUUGCCCUCACAGACCCUGAAGGUCUGGCAGCAUUGGGCUUCUUAAUAGAGAAAACAAAUGACAGUUCCCUGCCAAAGAGCUGGAAAAUCUUGACAUCAUACCUGCCCAAUGUUACAAAUAGUGACCAAAAGGCAAACAUUACUCAACAAUUUCCACUUGAUGAUCUCCUGGUGGGGGUGGACCGUACAAAGUAUUACCGUUAUUUGGGCUCCCUGACUACCCCCGAUUGUGACGAGGUUGUGAUUUGGACUGUAUUCAAGGAUCCAGUCAAAGUUAGCAAGAAUUUGAUUGACCUUUUCAGCACGUCGCUAUACACCUCUGACCCCGUGCUGAUGACCAAUACCUACCGAAGUACUCAGGUGCCCAAUGGUAGAAGUAUCAUGACCCAGGCUUCAGCUUCAUCACCACUAAUGACUGCAGACAGACUUUUCCUUCUGUCCCUGGUCAUGCUACAUGUUCUCCUCUGGGAACGUGAUGCAUGAUGAGGAAACUUUGAUGUCAGUGUGAUUUUCAUUUUUACAAUAUUGGAGGAUAACUUAUAUUAUGAUAGAGGAUCCAAUGUAUUUUUUCUGUUUUAAAGUGAGAUUGAAAUAGGAAGAGAAAGGGAUGACAGAAUUAAAUGUUCUGUAAUUGAUAUAAAAUGCCUACAGGCUGAACAAGCUGAUUAAAAAGGCUGGUUCUGUCCUGGGUGUCAGACUGGAGAACCUGGUCGAGGUGUCUGAGAGGAGAAUGCUGAAAAAGCUUCUCAGUAUCAUAGACAACCCCUCUCACCCCAUGCACGCCUCCAUGAUGGGUCACCAGAGCACACACAGCAUAAGACUCAUUGCCUGCAAAUGCAGAACUGAAUGCAACCGGAAGUCCUUUCUACCUGUGACAAUAAGAGUGUAUAACUCUUCCCCUUUCUGUAGGUGAUCUUUUUCAACCUUUUCAUCUUUUUCAGCAUUUAUGUCAUUAGGCACUCAUUCGGAUUGAACAAUAUUACUCAUCUGCUUUUUAUUUACUCACCUGUAUGCUAUUGAAUUUUUUUUUUCAUCCCCUCAUCACAAGCUGCUAUCUCAUUUUAUUCAUGGCACAAACACUGUCACUUUUCAUAACCACUUGCACUAAUAAUCUGUUUAUUUUAUUAUAUCUGUUAUAGUUAUUUGUUGCUUUGUUAGGUUUAUUUUGGUAUUCUGUUUUUGCACUAUUACUACUGUUCUUUUUAACUUCUUUUUAAGCUCUUUACUGUCUUAUCUUAAUUCCUCUUGUUGCACUGAGCAUGUUUAAGACAAAAGAAUUUCCCUUGGGAUAAAUAAAGUUCUCAUCUUAUUUUGCACAUAAA